AUGAGCCGAUCUUCGACGAUCGCAUCGUCAAGAUUGAGACUCACACAUACAACCCGUUCGUCAACAACGUUCGGGUACAGCGAUGAGAUAAGAAUACCCAUACAGCAACAGGAUCUGUACACACUGCUGUACGAAAGCUUUCUAUACGUCGAGGAAAAACUGACGAAGAACAAAGUGGUCCAGGGUGCUAACGUGUCAUUGGGAAAUAAUUGCGUUGCAUUUAUAUUCGAUGAGAUUCGAUAUGAACUCAACGGUGUGGAGAUUGAUCGUAACAGAAACGUGGGCAUAACUAGCACGAUCAAAAACUAUGUAACAGUGUCAUCCGACAGAAGUGUGAUUCUGUGGAAUGCCGGCUGGGACGCGCAGAUUACUGCGGCCAGAUACUUUAAUUUCUGUGUGCCGCUCUACGUACUGCUGGGAUUUUGCGAAGAUUACAGACGUGUGGUGAUCAACGCUCGUCACGAAUUGAUUUUAAUACUAGCGCGCAACGACAACAAUUGUCUGAUGGGAGAUUCGAUGACAGAGCCGACGCUCGAAUUAUUCAAAGUACAGUGGCGAAUACCGCACGUGUUAUUGAGCGAGAUAAAUAAGCUGUCGAUGCUGCGCGCUAUGGAGAGCGGACGAUAUCUGAGCAUGGCUUUUCGCUCUUGGAAUCUGUACGAUCCCAAGAGCACAACCAAGCAUUCGUGGGCCAUCAAGACGGCUAGUCAGCUCGAGAAGCUGCGCUACGUCAUUUUCGCUAUGCAAACAGAUCGAAAAAAUAUCAUGUCCGAGGAUAUAAGUCGAUUCGACCACUGCAAAUUAACCAAUGCUAAACUCUACCUGAAUACGGAAUAUUAUCCGUACGAUGAUUUGAAUCUAGAUUUUGAUAAAAACAGAUGUGCGAUUCUGUACGACUUGUACGCGCGUUUCUGCAAGGGCUACUAUGGAUACGAGUAUCUCGAGCCGAGUCUCACCUUUACAACUUUUUUACGUAAUGGCCCGUUCGUAAUCAUCGAUUGCUCUCGACAGAACGAAUCGGUCAAGAGUGGCACCGUGGACGUGCGAUUAGACUUUGAAUGUAAGGAGAACGUGCCCGCAAAUAUAACAGCCUAUUGUCUCAUCAUACACGAUCGUGUGGUUCAGUAUAAUCCGUUGACCAACGUUGUGCGCAAAAUCACCUAA